UCAAAUCGUGCAGAAGGCGAAACGUCGCAGAAACGAUGUGAAUAUCCGCGCCGACUGCGGCAAGAGCGGCAAAAGCGGCGCCCCGGAAAAACGCGCACGGUCUCGUCGUUCCCGACCGGAAAUGGUACUUUCGCCGGCAGGACCCUGCAGGACCCGCCAUCCCCCCCUGACAUUCGCUCUGCGUCAAAAUGGACGGUGCAGUGUGAGGAAAAUGGCGUACGCUGAGGAGUGCUCCGGAACGGGGGCGCAAGUCGUCGCGCGGAAAUCGUAAUGCCCCCGAAAACGGAAACGCGACCCGACGACCGAGAAAAACGCGGGUGCCCCGAAUAAAGUGAGUGCGCGAAGCCUGCUGCUGCGACGAGAUUGCCAUAAGCCACCAGCAAUAAAUGAAGACUAAUACCUCACAUGAUUUUUCAAGGACAUACACACGUAACAAAGAAAGUUGAUGGUAUCGUGGGGGCCUAGGUGUAAGGAGAAAUGUCCGAAGCUUCUGAGACACUGUCCGAAGAGGAACGUAGCUUAUUCCGUCCAUUUACCCGUGAAUCGUUCGCUGCUAUCGAGACGAGGAUUGCCGAGGAAUAUGCAAAGCAGAAGGAGCUCGAAAAGAAAAGAGCGGAGGGAGAGCCUGGUUUUGGACGACGGAAAAAGAAAAAAGAAAUUCGGUAUGAAGACGAGGACGAAGAUGAAGGCCCCCAACCAGAUCAGACGCUCGAGCAGGGCUUACCGAUUCCGGUGCGGUUACAGAGCAGUUUUCCACCGGAGCUCGCCAGCACUCCACUCGAAGACAUCGACCCGUUUUAUAGCAACCAAAGAACGUUUGUAGUGAUCAGUAAAGGCAAGGAUAUAUUUAGAUUUAGCGCAACAAAUGCUCUUUGGAUACUCGAUCCUUUUAAUCCGAUUCGCAGGGUAGCUAUCUAUAUUCUUGUACAUCCGCUAUUCUCUCUGUUCAUUAUCACGACUAUCCUGGUUAAUUGCAUUCUUAUGAUAAUGCCUACAACACCCACCGUAGAGUCAACUGAAGUGAUAUUUACUGGUAUCUACACGUUUGAGUCUGCUGUCAAAGUUAUGGCCAGAGGUUUUAUUCUUCAACCAUUCACCUAUCUUAGAGAUGCAUGGAAUUGGCUGGACUUCGUAGUCAUAGCUUUAGCAUACGUUACUAUGGGUAUAGACCUCGGGAAUCUCGCUGCUUUGAGGACGUUCAGGGUCCUGAGGGCUCUCAAAACCGUUGCCAUCGUUCCAGGUUUAAAAACCAUCGUCGGCGCCGUUAUCGAAUCAGUGAAGAACCUGCGAGAUGUGAUAAUUUUGACCAUGUUUUCGUUAUCCGUAUUUGCUUUGAUGGGUUUGCAAAUUUACAUGGGUGUGUUGACACAAAAGUGCAUUAGAAUUUUUCCCACUGACGGUUCUUGGGGUAAUUGUACACAUGAAAACUGGUUUAGAUUCAACAGUAACGAAUCGAAUUGGUAUGAGGCGAAUGGGGAUUACCCGCUAUGCGGAAAUUCCUCAGGCGCUGGACAAUGUCAGGAAGGUUAUAUGUGCUUGCAAGGUUUUGGGGAUAACCCCAAUUACGGCUACACGAGUUUUGAUACGUUUGGGUGGGCUUUUCUGUCGGCGUUUAGGUUGAUGACUCAGGAUUAUUGGGAGAAUUUGUAUCAAUUGGUUUUACGCUCAGCAGGUCCAUGGCACAUGUUGUUUUUCAUAGUGAUAAUUUUUCUAGGAUCGUUCUAUUUGGUUAACUUGAUUUUAGCUAUAGUUGCAAUGUCCUACGACGAGUUGCAGAAGAAGGCCGAAGAAGAAGAAGCAGCCGAGGAGCAGGCGAUCAAAGACGCCCAAGAUGCCCAACUGGCUAAACAACAGAGGGCGGAGGCGCGGGCUGCUCAACACGCUUUGGCCGCUCAGCAGAUGACCAAGUCUUCUUCCGGGUCGUCAUGCGAGAGCUACGAGCUGUUCCUGGCGCAAGAAAAGGGCAACGACGACAACAACAAGGAGAAGAUUAGCCUGCGUUCGGAAGGAUUAGAUUCAGUGAGUGAGCAGAGAAGGGUGCCUAAUCCUACGAACAUUCGGAAGGUCAGCACUACGGUGUCCCAUGUCCAGGCGAGCUUGAGUCUACCCGGUUCUCCCUUCAAUCCACGCCGAGGUUCUCGCGGCAGCCACCAGCUGGCGAUGCGCAACUCCCGCCGAAUGGUCGUUCCGCCGAACGAUAGAAAGCCUCUCGUACUGUCUACGUACCUGGACGCUCAGGAACACCUUCCAUACGCGGAUGACUCAAACGCCGUUACACCAAUGAGCGAAGAGAACGGCGCCAUGGUCGUCCCUGUUUACAAUUAUUUAGGUUCCAGACAUUCUUCCUAUACUUCGCACCACUCCCGCAUGUCAUACACGUCCCACGGAGAUCUCCUCAGCGGUAUAGGUGGAAACAGCAAGAUUAUGACAAAGGAGGAAAUGUUGAGGCGAAAUGGUCCCUCGGGAGCCAUGAAACCCAACAGUUGCACGGAAAGGCCUAAGCACAAAGGCGAUUACGACGGCCCCACAACUGUUUGCGAGGAAAAGCUAAAACCGUAUGACAAUCCCUACACGGACCAGAGGCAAAUGGUUGAGCUGAAAGACGUGAUGGUUCUCAAUGACAUCAUAGAACAAGCUGCCGGUGAACCGGAUCAUGGAGGGUCUGUUUAUUAUUUCUCAGCCAAUGAUGACGACGAAGAGGAACCAACGAUGAAGGAGCGUUUACUGGCGAACGCUAUUAAAAUAAUUGAUAUUCUUUGUGUGUGGGAUUGUUGUUGGUGCUGGGUACAGCUGCAGAAGUUUGUAUCUUUCAUCGUCUUUGACCCGUUCGUCGAGCUUUUCAUCACGUUAUGUAUCGUCGUAAACACGCUUUUUAUGGCGCUCGAUCAUCACGACAUGAAUAAGGAUCUAGAGAAGGCUUUGAAGAGUGGAAACUAUUUUUUCACCGCAACAUUUAUGAUCGAAGCCACCAUGAAAUUGAUAGCUAUGUCGCCCAAAUACUAUUUUCAGGAAGGAUGGAACAUUUUUGAUUUUAUUAUCGUAGCCUUAUCGUUGUUAGAGUUGGGGUUGGAAGGUGUACAGGGAUUGUCCGUUUUGAGAUCAUUUCGAUUGCUUCGUGUCUUCAAAUUAGCAAAAUCAUGGCCAACGUUGAACUUGCUAAUAUCUAUUAUGGGUAAAACGAUGGGUGCUUUAGGAAAUUUAACCUUCGUGUUGUGUAUUAUCAUCUUCAUAUUCGCCGUGAUGGGCAUGCAAUUGUUUGGAAAGAAUUACGUUGAUAACGUUGAUAGAUUCCCAGAUCAUGAACUUCCGAGAUGGAAUUUCACAGAUUUCAUGCAUUCUUUUAUGAUUGUGUUCCGUGUGUUGUGUGGGGAAUGGAUUGAGUCGAUGUGGGAUUGUAUGUUAGUGGGAGACGUGUCGUGUAUUCCAUUCUUUUUAGCAACUGUGGUAAUUGGUAACCUUGUGGUUCUGAACCUCUUCUUGGCCUUGCUUUUGAGUAAUUUCGGUUCGAACAGCUUGUCAGCGCCAACGGCAGAUAACGACACCAACAAAAUUGCCGAAGCCUUCGAUAGAAUCGGUCGGUUCAUUGGGUGGAUCAAAUCGACUAUACGGAAUGUGUUCAAACUGGUCAGGUUCAAGCUCACCAACCAAAUUUCCGACCAGCCGUCAGGUGAGGGACCGUCCAACAGUUGGAACCAAGAUGCGAGAGAUGGAGGACUCGAGUUGACUGGUGACGAUCUGAUGGCCGAUGGCAUCAUCAAAAAGAGUCCCAAAGAUAAAUUGGAAGUGACUAUUGGUGACGGCAUGGAGUUUAUAAUUCAUGGUAAUUUAGAUGCUUCUAAAAACGAUGCUGUUGUGAAAGAGUCUUUGUUAAACUGGUUGCUAUUUCUAGGUGAUAAGAGAAGUAAGAAUACUAUAAAUAAAAGUAAGACUAUAGGAAAUUCGAUUAUAGAGCAUGGGAACUACAUGGGCCAUACGGACGAUCAGAUAAGCAAUAAGUCAUACGGUAGUCACAAACACCGGUUCAAGGAUGAAAGCCAUAAAGGGAGCACGAAAUCGCUUGAUCAGGAUGAUCAAGAAGAAAAACGGGACGCCAGUAAGGAAGAGUUGGGUUAUGGAACGGAAGAUGAGGAUCAAUGCGAAUGCGAUAGAAAACCUACAUCGAAUUUGAUUGAUGAAGCGGCCAUCGAAGCGGCAGAUACCGAAGAUAUUAUCGAAUAUUCCGCCGAUUGCUUCCCAGAAGGUUGUUACAAGAAGUUCCCAUUCCUAGCGGGCGACGAAGAUUCACCCUUUUGGCAAGGUUGGGGCAACCUUAGAUUCAAAACGUUUCAAUUGAUCGAGAACAAAUACUUUGAAACGGCCGUCAUUACGAUGAUUUUGACGAGUAGUUUAGCCUUAGCGCUGGAAGACGUCCAUUUGUCCCAAAGGCCGAUUUUGCAAGAUAUUUUAUAUUAUAUGGAUAGAAUAUUCACCGUUAUUUUCUUCUUUGAAAUGUUGAUCAAAUGGUUAGCGCUGGGAUUCCAGAAAUAUUUUACGAACGCUUGGUGUUGGUUGGAUUUUAUCAUCGUCGGUGUAUCGUUGAUCAAUUUUAUAGCCUCACUGUGUGGUGCUGGAGGGAUUCAAGCCUUCAAAACCAUGCGAACCCUCAGAGCCUUACGUCCAUUGCGUGCUAUGUCUAGAAUGCAAGGGAUGAGAGUCGUUGUCAACGCCUUAGUCCAAGCCAUCCCAUCUAUCUUCAACGUGCUCUUAGUGUGUUUGAUAUUCUGGUUGAUAUUUGCUAUUAUGGGUGUCCAACUUUUCGCCGGAAAAUACUUCAAAUGCGUUGAUGCAAACAAAACGACGUUGAGUUACGAGAUUAUCCCCGAUUACAACGCUUGCAAAGCCGAGAAUUACACGUGGGAAAAUUCGCGGAUGAAUUUUGAUCACGUGGGAAAGGCGUAUCUUUGUCUUUUUCAAGUCGCAACCUUCAAAGGUUGGAUUCAGAUUAUGAACGACGCUAUUGACUCCAGAGAAUUGUUAAAACAGCCGAUUAGAGAGACUAAUAUCUACAUGUAUCUCUACUUUGUCUUCUUUAUUAUUUUCGGCUCAUUCUUCACUCUGAACCUGUUUAUCGGAGUAAUUAUCGAUAAUUUCAAUGAGCAGAAGAAGAAAGCCGGAGGAUCGCUGGAGAUGUUUAUGACGGAGGAUCAGAAAAAGUAUUACAAUGCCAUGAAAAAAAUGGGCUCCAAAAAGCCUAUGAAAGCUAUUCCUAGACCGCGGUGGAGACCGCAAGGGAUUGUCUUCGAAAUAGUAACGAAUAAAAAGUUCGAUAUGAUUAUUAUGUUAUUUAUCGGUCUCAACAUGUUGACAAUGACCAUGGAUCACUACCAACAGAAGCAAACUUUCACGCAAAUUUUAGAUAACCUAAACAUGAUUUUUAUAGUGAUUUUUAGUACCGAGUGUCUCAUGAAAAUGUUUGCCUUACGCUAUCACUAUUUCACGGAGCCUUGGAACUUGUUUGAUCUCGUCGUUGUAAUACUGUCUAUACUGGGUUUGGUGCUCAGCGAUAUUAUUGAAAAGUAUUUCGUAUCGCCCACGUUACUCCGUGUGGUGAGAGUAGCCAAAGUGGGCAGAGUAUUACGUUUGGUGAAGGGAGCGAAAGGAAUUCGAACGCUUCUGUUCGCCUUGGCCAUGUCGCUGCCGGCGCUCUUCAACAUCUGCUUGCUGCUGUUUUUGGUGAUGUUCAUCUUUGCCAUUUUCGGGAUGUCAUUUUUCAUGCACGUGAAGGAUCGGAGCGGGCUCGACGACGUCUACAACUUCAAGACGUUCGGGCAAUCGAUGAUUUUGCUCUUUCAGAUGUCGACGUCUGCCGGAUGGGACGGCGUCCUCGACGGUAUUAUCAACGAGGAGGAGUGCAAACAACCCGACAACGAGAUCGGUGAAACGGGUAACUGCGGAAACUCGACGAUAGGGAUAGCAUUCUUGCUAAGUUAUCUGGUGAUAUCGUUCCUGAUUGUAAUCAACAUGUACAUCGCCGUCAUUUUAGAGAAUUAUUCUCAAGCGACGGAAGACGUGCAAGAAGGCCUUACAGAUGACGACUACGACAUGUACUACGAGAUCUGGCAGCAGUUCGAUCCGGACGGGACGCAGUACAUCCGGUACGACCAGCUGUCGGAAUUCCUGGAUGUGCUCGAGCCGCCGCUGCAGAUCCACAAACCCAACAAGUACAAGAUAGUGUCGAUGGACAUUCCAAUAUGUAAAGGCGACUUGAUGUUCUGCGUGGACAUUUUGGACGCUCUCACGAAAGACUUCUUCGCGCGUAAGGGCAACGCGAUCGAGGAAGCGGUCGAACUGGGUGAAGUGCAACCGAAGCCGAACAUUCCGGGCUACGAUCAAGUCAGUUCGACCUUGUGGCGACAAAGGGAGGAGUACUGUGCGCGCCUAAUACAAAACGCCUGGAGAAAGCACAAGAGGCAAAGGGGCGGCGUCCCCGAUCAAUCCGACGAAGGCGAAGCCGACGCGGAGGGUGACGCCGACGGGGACGGCGAAGGAGACGGUGACGGUGACGGCGAGCUCGGCGCUCGACAAACUGCCGUCCUCGUCGAAAGCGACGGUUUCGUCACCAAGAAUGGGCACAAAGUGGUGCUCCACAGUCGUACGCCCAGCCUUAGUUCGCGGUCCGCAGACGUUUGAGAUUGGCAACGCCCCUCCCCGACCAAGUCCUAGCGCGACUUGACCUAUUAACGCGUCAUCUUUAUAUCGGUUCGGUUCCCUGCGUAUCCUUUUGUUCUUAUACAUCGAAGUCAAGUAUUAAUGUUCCCUACGGCCCGACGUAAAGAUGAGUAUAGACCCGCUUUUCGAACCUGCACAGCCACAUCCCAGCGUGACCGUGCAAGUUCGCGCAGCUGCUCCCGAUUUUCGACGUUCCCAAUCGGAAAUCUGGACCCGCUUAGAUCACCAGGUCUCCGCUAACCACGAUUCGCCUUCAUUAUCGACCCCUCGCGAACGACGGCGCUUUCCUCGGCCGCCGUCGACGCGAUUUUCCGCAAGGGGAGGGGCGUACGUUGCCGCAUCAAUCGAGGGAUUUAAAAAAAUAUAUUAGAAAAAAAUAAAAUUAAAAUUAAAAAACGUCGCAAAAUUGUACACAAACUUUUUGUAUGCCUCGUACAAUAAUAUCUACUGUAAGUUCGUAUGUGUGGCAGUUUUCGGCGUACGGGAAACUACCAAAGGAAAUUAGCACGUAUGUCUAUUUUAAUAUCAAAUGCUUUAACGAGAGUUACGUUCGUCGCGGACGCGCUCUGGCAAUGCAUUUAAAAAUUUGAUGACACGGUUCACCCUAGCUUCGUUCGUUGUUACUUUCCAUGGCUGAAGCAUCAAAUAUUUCUAAUGCAUUACAUAGAGAUAGGCUCGUUUCAUCGUUAAUCACACACGGCACAUAGUAAAUACGUAUAAUUCAUUUUUAACCCAUUUUUUUAUCCACCCCUAAAGAAUGCUUCGUUUAUUUUUAUUCUCAUUUCAUCACUUAUUAAGUUUUAUGAGUUUGUACCGUUUGUGAAAACUAACGAUUCUAAACACACAUACACACAAAAACACACAACACACGCCUGUGUAACCAUUUCGUUGACGUUUUUCUGUAGAUAGUACGUAUUGAUUGUUGAAUUUUUUAUAAUAAAUGUUGUACAUCUGACGGUGUUUGUGAAGUAAGGCGGAUUCGACGAAGAUGGGUACGUUUCUACCCGAGCGUAUUGUUGUUCCCAAGACAAUUAGCUGGUUAGAAAAUGACCCGGUUGAUUCCGAGAAUGCGACUUGGUUGCUUUUUUCUAUGCGAAAGAAGCAGCGCAAGGGCGAAACGAUUGUUGAGAAGUAGACGAAAUUGGUGUAAAUAACUUGUUACGAUAAUUACGGAAAAAUUGGACGGCUUGUAAAAUAGUCAAACUUAAAUUUCAAACCAGGGUUUUUCUUGGUUUACCGUUUUACUUCUGAACGGAGAGGACUGAUGUUAUUAUUUAUUUCUGUAAACCAGAAAGAAUCUUUUUUGAAAAAAAAAAAUAUGUGUAAAUAAUUGUCCAUUGAAGAGAUUAUAUUAAAAAAAAGCAUACAUAACUUACCUACCAUUGCGUUCUUUCCGGGUGGCUUUCGGGAAAAAAAGUGAGAUCGUAUAGUUUAUUUUUUUCUACGAUAUCGAAAUAAACCCACUCAGGUUGUAACGAAGGUUUUCCUCGAAAAAAAGGGUGUCUCUUAAGUUUUCGGUUUUCACAUAAUGCGCACAGAUACAAAAAAAACAAACACUCAGACAUCCGACGUAAAAUACUUUAAAGAGUUAUCCUUUCGUCCGCCGUUGGAAGCCAGGAUAACUAACGCGCAGCGAUUUACCAGUAACGCAAAAAGCGAACACGACGUGUAAUAUAACGUAAAUAAUAACAAAAAAUACGGCCACAACUGACACUACUUCAUAAUGUUCACACACCUUUUUACUUGACUUCUGUGGCACUCGCUGAUAAAAACGUGAAAUAAUAAAUAAUAACGCACUGGCAGCCCUUCGUACCCGCCCUCAAAACAUUUUUGACUCGCUCCGGUAAUCACGCAAUAACGUUCAAAAGCAAAAGAGAAACCCGAAACGCGGUAUACAUAAUAAUUAUUACAUUUAAAAUAAAGAGAAUGAAACAAACACAAGGGCGUAAUAAGAGCAAGCGAUUAAUACGGUGAAAUCAAGAUCAGUUUUUUUGCACCUAUUACGAUUCUACGAGCUUUUAUAUAUUUUCCAUCUAAUUUGUAUGGAUAAUGACAAAAAAAAACAAGUGCAUGAUCAUUCUUGUAAAAUAAUAUUAUUACAUAUAUACAUAUAGUUUUUCUAAGCAAUUGUUGUUUUUAGAAUAGCUAUUGGAAUAUUAAUAUUUAGUUUGUAAGCUUGGCGAAAGAAUAAAGCGGUCUCGGUAUAAAAA